CUAGUAUCACUUGUCCUUAUUGUUCUAAGAGCUCAAAUGCUUAAUCAAGUUCCUUUAAUGGCAGAGACUCGAUAAACAACCCUCCCUUUCCACUUCGAUUGUCUUUUUUCUUCUUACACUCCAUCAUAUUCAUCUUUCUCUUUGAUCCACCAAAAUUUCUGCUUUUCUUAUUCAUCCCCGGUUGCAUCUAUCUCUUUGACCAUUAUUUUCUUCAACCAAAAAAACCCUUAAACCCCAAAAUUCUCCGCUUGGGUCCUCCGGCCAACCCAGUUCACCGAUUCUCUACUCUAAAUAUCUGUAAUCCUGAUCUCUAUCAGCAUCAAAAAAUGGAGCAUAAAGUUUAUGGUUCUAUAUUCUUCAAAAGUCGCACUGCUGCGAGCUUGGAAUUCUUAAAGCCGCGGAGAGGAAGGGGGAGGAGGUGUUAUCAGACACACCAUUUGGAUAUUCAUCUGUGCUUUCUCGUUUUUAAGUGGCUGGCAAUUGGUUUGAAUCCACAGACGGGAGGCAAAGAGGGUAAUAAUGGCAAUGGCGGGCCCUGGACAGCUUAACGUCCAUGAGUCCCCUUCAUGGGGAUCUAGAAGUGUUGAUUGCUUUGAGAAGUUGGAACAAAUUGGCGAGGGAACUUACGGCACGAGGAUUCAUCUCUGCAUUUAUAAGACAAGAACUUUUUUUAAUCCAAGUUUACAUGGCAAGAGAAAUAAAGACGGGAGAAAUUGUUGCUUUGAAGAAAAUACGAAUGGAUAAUGAGAGAGAGGGAUUCCCAAUUACUGCCAUUCGAGAAAUCAAAAUUCUAAAGAAGCUGCAUCAUGAAAAUGUAAUUAAAUUGAAAGAGAUUGUGACAUCUCCAGGUCCUGAGAAGGAUGAGCAGGGGAAGCCAGACGGUAACAAGUAUAAAGGGGGCAUUUACAUGGUUUUUGAAUACAUGGACCAUGAUUUAACAGGACUUGCUGAUAGGCCUGGGAUGAGAUUUUCAGUUCCCCAGAUUAAGUGCUAUAUGAAGCAGCUAUUGACAGGGCUACACUAUUGUCAUGUAAAUCAAGUGCUUCACCGAGAUAUUAAAGGCUCUAACCUUCUUAUAGAUAAUGAAGGUAAUCUGAAGCUUGCUGAUUUUGGACUUGCUCGUUCAUUCUCAAAUGAUCAUAAUGCAAAUCUUACAAAUCGUGUUAUUACCUUAUGGUAUAGACCUCCGGAGUUGCUGCUUGGGACAACAAAGUAUGGUCCGGCUGUUGAUAUGUGGUCUGUCGGCUGUAUCUUUGCAGAACUUCUCCAUGGGAAGCCUAUUUUUCCUGGAAAAGAUGAGCCAGAGCAGUUAAAUAAGAUCUUUGAGUUAUGUGGAGCUCCAGAUGAGGUUAAUUGGCCUGGGGUUUCUAAAAUUCCCUGGUAUAACAACUUCAAGCCUACAAGACCAUUGAAGAGACGUCUCAGGGAGGUUUUCAGACAAUUUGACCGCCAUGCUUUGGAGUUGUUGGAAAGGAUGCUUACGCUUGAUCCUUCUCAGAGAAUAGCUGCUAAGGACGCCCUUGAUGCUGAAUAUUUCUGGACUGAUCCAUUACCCUGUGAUCCUAAGAGUUUGCCAAAAUAUGAGUCAUCUCAUGAGUUCCAAACAAAAAAGAAACGGCAGCAGCAACGGCAACACGAAGAAACAGCAAAACGUCAAAAGCUGCAGCACCCACAACAGCAUGGCCGCCUCCCUCCUAUACAGCAGUCUGGUCAGGCCCAUGCCCAGAUGCGUCCAGGACCAAACCAGCCAAUGCACGGUUCUCAGCCCACUGUUGCUGCGGGACCUAGCCAUCAUUAUGGAAAGUCUCGAGGACCCUCUGGAGGGCCAGGUAGAUACCCAUCGAGCAGCAACCCUGGUGGGGGAUAUUCUCACCAAAAUCGUGGAGGUCAAGUUGGUGGUGCUGGGGGUGGUGGUUACGGCAGUGGACCAUAUCCUCCGCAAGGCCGUGGUGCACCCUAUGGUUCUAGUGGCAUGCCUGGUGGUGCUGGACCCCGGGGUGGUGGGGGUAGUGGUUAUGGAGUUGGCGGUCCAAACUAUCCACAAAAUGGUCCUUAUGGUGGUUCUGCUGCAGGUCGUGGUUCAAACAUGAUGGGUGGAAAUCGCAAUCAGCAGUAUAAUUGGCAGCAGUAGUUGGUUUUGAUUGAGUUUAAACGGCAGUAGUGCAAUAACUUGAGCCAUAAGAAAGGGAAAAGAUCUCCGCGAAUGAAAGCUCUCGGGAUUUGCACUCAAGUUAUUCAACCAUUGAUUAAUUUAGAAGUAUGCAAUGUUAGAAAGUAGCUUGCCUAAAAUCUCUAGUAUUAAUACAAAGAAAAAUCUUGAACGUUAUUUAUAUUUAUCGAUUAAAGACAAAAAUAUCCUUUAUACGGAUUUACUUUUUUAUCUUUCAUUUUUAUGAUAUAUACUUUUAUUUGUCGAUUACACUGUUUUCUUC